UUGACUGUAAGUGGUUUCUCUACAUGACCUAUACAGACGCCAAUUGGGCACCACCCGGAGUAAUCUUCAAUUCAUCAUCAUCAUCGAGACGAGGACCCUCUUCUGAGCACCAAACCUACUCCCAGUCAAGACCCUCCCAAUGCGACUAUAUGCCCCCGGCUUACCCUCCCAACGGUCGAUCUAGUCACUACCAGACUUCAAAUCGAGAUGCCGGCCGUUCGCAGCAUUAUAGGCCCCACUACGCUUCUGAUAGGAUCGUCCCCCCACCGCCUCCGCCGCCUCCAAUGCUUCAGGGAAGGGAACCCCCUCAGGUGCGGUCAAGGGCGCCUUUUAGUGGGGAGGCUGGGUAUGGUUUAUUGAGGCAUCCAUCACCACCAGAGGUGCCCCCACCCGCCGUUGGGAUGGCCUCAUUCCAGCCUAAUGGCUCACAGUAUUCUCAGUGGCCCACAGAGGUGGGAGGGCCUCUACAGUCACGGAAGGUUAAGGCAAUCACGGAUCCACAACAUGUGUUUACCACUCCACCGUCACCUCGGUUGACCCAUGCCUUGUUGGACGAUGCUCGACGGAGGAAGAAGAGUGGGAGGCAUACUCUCAUACGGACAGCGUCACGUACUGCUGGGGGAAGGCAGACUAAUGCCGUCCUCAAGCUGAGUCCGCCCCUAACGGAGCGUUCUGGUCCGACUGCGGUGGUACUCACAGGGGACCGGGAGGGCAUGAGCAAGGACCUCAUCGAUGCCAUGCUUAGUUUAGCUAAAAAAGCACGACGACGUGGUGCGCAUGUGUUGUGUAAGAGGAAGGACGGCGAACAGGUCUUGUGUAAACCUAUUGAUGCCCCCACAGUGUUGCCGGUCUUAACCAUUCCUGAGAAGUCCGCUGGGGUCAUUGGGAGUAGUUGUGAUAUGCAGCAACAACAACAAUAUCAUCAUCAUUACGAGGGAACGCAGUAUUAUGGGUACAAUCCGACAGCGGCCUACUGGAGUCACCCGAAUACCCAUCCUCUGUCUACGGUAUUUCUCCCUGAUGAGCAUCAAGACAAGGCGACGUCGUCGGAGUGGUUACAAGGCUCAGAAGUAUUCGAUCAGCUGGUCGUCGUGCCCAUUUACCUCGUCCCUUUCUUUUCAUAG